CUAUGGAUCUGAAGGAGGAUUCUUAUGUUGUGCUGAAUGAUGGCCACAAAAUGCCAGUGGUUGGGUUUGGUACCUAUGCCCCAGAGAAGUUUGACAAAAGUCUGGCAGAGGAGGCAACAAAGGUAGCAAUUGAAGUUGGAUAUCGUCACAUUGAUUGCGCCUUUAUAUAUGGAAACGAGCAGGAAGUUGGUCGUGCCGUAAAGGAAAAAAUUGCAGAUGGCACAGUGAAGAGGGAUGAUCUGUUCUACACUGGGAAGCUUUGGAGCACCUUUCAAUUACCUUCCAUGGUUCGUCCAGCCCUGGAGCGAUCCCUGAAGGAUCUACAACUGGAUUAUAUGGAUCUCUUUAUCAUCCACACACCUCUUGAGUUCAAGCCUGGAGAUGAUGUAUAUCCAAGGGAUGAAAAUGGACGCUUUAUUUACAACAACACAGACAUUCGAGACACGUGGAAGGCUAUGGAAGAGUGUAAAGCUGCUGGGCUGGUAAGAUCAAUUGGUGUCUCCAACUUUAGCUGCCGGCAGCUGGAAUUGAUUCUGAACAUGCCAGGACUGAAGUACAAACCAGUCUGUAAUCAGGUGGAAUGUCACAUGUAUCUAAAUCAGAGCAAAUUGCUGGCAUUCUGCAAGUCUCAGGAUAUCGUGCUGGUUGCAUAUGCUGUUCUGGGUUCAAGCAGGGAUGAGAAUUGGGUGAAUCAAAAUUCUCCUUUCCUCCUUGAAGAUCCUGUGCUAAACACAAUGGCAAAAAAAUACCACCGUACCCCUGCUCAGGUGGCCAUUCGGCACAUGCUGCAGAGGGGAGUAGUUGUGCUUGCAAAAAGCUUCACUCCUGCCAGGAUCAAAGAAAACUUCCAGGUCUUUGAAUUCCAUUUAGGAGAUGAAGAUAUGAAAACUCUUGAUUCACUCAACACAAAUAGUCCCUAUGUGGAAGUAUUUAGAUUGAAGGAUCACCCUAAAUACUCACCAGAUGAUGAAUACUAGAAGGCUGGAAUUUCAUGCACCUAAAUCUUCAGUUCAUAACCUUGUCUCCCUUCUUACAUAAUUUUAUGUCCCUAAGUAAAUAUUACCAAACUAACCGACUCAUCAGGAAUCUCAUGUUCCUAGCCCCCAUUCUCACUAUCUUUAUACUACCUGUCAUAUGACGUCCUGCAUACGAUAACGAACAAGAAACGUUCAUAACCAGGUUCAGAGCUUUGUGUAAUGAGCCUUGAGUUGGUAUCUCAGUUACUUUUUUUUAAAACAAAGUUCUAUCCAUUUCCUUAUCAAUGCAAUAUGAUCAAAAACAUGAUUUAAAGGGACAUGAAACAAAUUUUUUUCUUUCAUGAUUCUGAUAGAUCAUACAAUUUUAAACAGCUUUCCGUUUUACUUUUAUUAUCUAUUUUGCUCUAUUCUCUUAGUAUCCUUUGCUGAAUGAGCAGUAAUGCACUUCUGGGAGCUAUCCGAAAGCCAAAAACAAGAGGCAUAUAUGUGCAGCC